AACACCGCAACAGAGACCAAGGAGGUGCUCCAGAAGAGAUCUCAGUCCUCCAACACCGUGACAGAAGCCAAGGCAGCGCUCCAGCAGAGCCCUCAGUCCGCCAACACCGUGACAGAGGCCAAGGCGGUGCUCCAGCAGAGCCCUCAGUCCUCCAACACCAUGACAGAAGCCAAGACGGUGCUCCAGCAGAGCCCUCAGUCCUCCAACACCGCGACAGAGGCUGAGGCAGCGCUCCAGCAGAGCCCUCAGUCCUCCAACACCGUGACAGAAGCCAAGGCAGCGCUCCAGCAGAGCCCUCAGUCCUCCAACACCGUGACAGAGGCCGAGGUGGAGGCGCUCCGGGAGCUCUAUGAUCACCUGGGGCCGGCGCUGCCCCCCCAGCGCUUGUGCUUCGACGCGGAGCCGCUGUUGGAACCGGCCGCCACCGACCGGGCGCUGACCGGCGGCGCAUCGCGACGGUGGCAACGGGGGGCUCGCAACACCACGACAAUACAACCAUGGGAGGCUCGGAACACCGCCACAACCCCGCGGCGACAGGCCCGGACCGUCGCCCUCCUGCAGGAAUACCGGCAGUUCCUCGAGGCCACCGGCUCCGACUUCCUCCACGCCAUCUUCCAGCUCAGCGGCGGCGAUGACGGGGACGAAGAGGCGCCGGGGGAGCACCCAGGGGUGACAGCCGAGCCGCCGCCGCCGCCUGUGACACCGAAACCGACACCGACACCGACACCGGAGGAGCUGCAGCGCCGCCUGCACCGCCUCUGGGCCGCGCUGCGCGUCCCCGUCCGCGAGCAAGUGGCCAUGGCCACCAAAUACGGCCCGGCGACGGCCCGGCGGCGGCUGGCGGCCGCGUUGGUGCUGUGGGACGAAGCGGCCGCCCUGAUCCGGCGCCGAGAGCGGCUCCUGGCGCUGCUGGAAGGGCUGGAGCUCCGCGCCUCCGACCCCAACCGCUUCUUCCACCGCGGGGCCCGGGCUUUGGCCGCCCGGCUCGGGGAGGCGCGGGCGCGGGAUCGGCUGAGCGCGGCGGCGGAGCGGUGCCAGGGAGCCCUGCGGACGGCGCUGAGGCGGCUGCGGGAGGAGUUCGGGGACGCGGUGACGCUGCGGGGACGGAGCUACGAGGAGAAGGCGCGGCGGGACCGGGGCGAGAUGCUGUACCGACUGCAGCAGGCCCGGCGCGCCGCCGCCAUGGGGAACAUCGUGAGGCCGGCACCGGGGGCGCAACGCUAGAGCGCCACUUCCGGCGCGAAGCUGUGGCGUCACUU